GCUGACUACUCGAGAAGUGGUGUCUAAUCAGGACAGCAAACGUAAAGUGAGGGAAUCAGAAAAGAAAAUAAAAAUAAAGGAAAGAGAAAGAAAACUACCAGAGGGCAGACACUGCUGACAGAUGUCUUUCCAAAGAAGGAAAGAGCGUUCCUACUCUGAAUAAGCAUCCAAACAACAGCUGAGGGUUGUGAAGAGGCAGCCACCUGCUGCAGUGUCCUCCCACCACUGCUGCAGCAUCUGGCAGAGAAGUCAGAGAGGCGGAGGAGAUUCGAUCUGAGGCAGCAGAGACGAUCGACUGACCUGACAGCAGACAGGACCUCAGCGCAGGAAGAGGUGUAACCACAAAUGGAGCCGCAAAGCCUGACCAACAGCACGGGGGGCAACUCCACCAACUGCUCGUCCAUAGAUGACUUCCGCAACCAGGUUUACUCCAUAUCCUACACCAUCAUCACUUUGCUGGGCCUCACUGGGAACGGCUUAGCCCUGGUGGUGCUGAUCAAAACGAACCGCCAAAGUUCCCCCUUCCACGUCUACAUGAUUAACCUGGUUGUGGCUGAUCUGCUGUGUGUGAUGACGCUGCCACUGCGAAUUAUCUACUAUGUCAGAAAGGGCCACUGGAGCAUGGGGAAUUUCCUCUGUGUCUUCAGCUCCUAUGCUCUCUAUGUAAACCUCUACUGCAGCAUCUACUUCAUGGUCGCCAUGUCGUUCACGCGUUUCCUGGCCAUUGUCUAUCCUGUGAAGAACCUGCAGCUGAUGACAGUGAACCGUGCUCGCCAGGUGUGUGUUGGCAUCUGGGUGUUUAUCUGUCUUUUAUCGUCUCCCUUCCUCAUGUCAGGUCAAUAUGUAGACUCGAACACAAAUACAACCAAGUGCUUCGAUGCUCCGCCGGGUAAAAUCGGUGAUAAACUCAAAGUGCUGAACUAUUUGUCCCUGGUGAUAGGCUUUGUCCUGCCAUUACUGGUGAUCCUGCUCUGCUAUGCCGGCAUAAUCCACACCCUACUGUCUCGCUCCCAACUGUCUCGCACCCUCUCUGCUCAACAACAGCAGCGGGCCAUGGGCACCAAAGCCAUUCGAAUGAUUGUCAUCGUCUUGUUGACAUUCACGAUCAGCUUCAUGCCUUACCACGUGCUGCGCACUGUCUUCCUGUCCCGGGAUCACUCCAACUGCUCGGAGAGGAUUCAAAUGCAGAAGUCUGUCGUGGUGACACUCUGCCUGGCUGCUGCCAACACGUGUUUUGACCCACUGCUGUAUUAUUUCUCUGGAGAGGGUUUUCGCAGCCGCUUUUUCUCCUGUGCUACUCGGUCACAGCCCCAGAAUCUGAAAGAAACCACCCGAAAGUCAAUUAAUUCACAACAGACAGGAGGUCGUCAGACAUCAAUGUCGGGAUAUGUUACAGGACAGAGUUCAGGAUGACCUGUUGCCUCAUUAGUCCUCAGGGAAAGAGUCAAGAGGAACAGAUGUAAGAUAACGUAAGACAGAAAGAGAUUUAACAAAUUUUACUUCGUCAGCUCAUGAACAGAGUAUUUAUACAUUUCACUUACAAGUCUCAGGAGACUGAGAAUAAUGUUCUAAAGAGGAGAGAUUGUUAGAUAAUUAUUAUUAUUAUUAUUAUUAUUAUUAUUAUUAUUAUUAUUAUUAUUAUUAGGAUACUUACCAGUAUUCUAAUGUCACUAUUGUUAAAUGACAAUUGACGUAAACAGUUUAUCAAUGUAUGUAAUGUAUCUUGGAUUAUGUUGUAAUAUUUCUUUUUAUUUGGAUUGCCUUUGCCUUGAAUGGGUGGUUAGAACUUUUUUCCUACUUCUUCUUACAUCAUCUUUAUUUUUAUAAGUUUUAUUUGUGGCAUUGUUAACAUUGUUUCUACCACAGCUGUAUUUUUUAUCAUCAGUGUUUGUUAUUGUGUUCAUGUCACUGUUUUUCACUGCCUUAUCUAUUUAACCAUCCAUCCAUACCACUUAUCCUUUGAGGGUCCUUUGAGGAUCCCUUGGCAAGUUAUUUGUAAUUUCCCUUUUUAUUUUAUGAGGGUUAAUAUAAUUCCUCAUGCUUGUUAUGUUUACUUUUAACUAAAUGGGAUUGUUUUGUUUUGUGCUGCUGAUUUUUGUUCACUCUGUAUUAUUAACAUUAUAUAACAAACCUUUUAUGUAAAGUAACAAGCUGGAGGAAAGUGUUGGGUGCAUGUACUCUACAGGAAUAGUUCAGAAAAAAUUGUUAAUUUGCUUUCUUUGCCAUAUUUAGAUGUGUAAUUGAUACAUAUCACUCAGUAAUAUGAAUAUGAAGUGGCAGCCAGUGGCUGUUUAGCUUAGCACAAUGAUUUUAAAGAAGUUAAAAUCCUUAAAUAGCAUGUUGUUUAUCUAGCCCUAUUCUGUAUAUAAAGUCAGACCAACUGUUUCCACUUAUUGUUCCAUGUUAAGCUAAUUGACUGCUGACAGAAGCGUCAUAUUCAUGUGAGUGGUAACAAUCUUCUCAUCUUACUGUAUGUAAAAAAAGUUUAACUGCUGUGUUUCUCUGAACUGAUCUUUAUAAUGACUGCCUUAAUAUGUAAUGAAAUAUAUGUUAGUUCCUUAUAUUAGGUCUGUAUAUUAAAAGCUGCAACUUCA